ACUGCCUCUACCGACUUCCGGAAGGCAGACGUCAAACAAACAAACUCCAGCACCGCAGACGCCGACUUACACCUUUCUAAACUCUCAUUCUUCGAAUAUAGUGCUGUAGAUUAUUUUGAGAAUACAAAAUGGCAUACGAUCGCUCGUCGGCGCUCGAAUCGCAGCCAACCAACUGGAGCCGCUUCGAUGACCCUCAGUAUCAAGAUGAUCCGGAAUUCAACGAAUUUUCGCAGCGACUUUCGGAUAGAUUAUUCGAACUCACAUCCAAUGUAUCGCGGUUAUCCAGCCAGAUCGCACUGUUGGGUACACGGCGCGAAACUGAACGAGUGCGCGAACGAGUCAAAGAUCUCAUCGAAGAAGGUGGCCGCGGUUUCAAGCAGGCAGGAGAGGAUCUGAAGAAGCUCAUCCAGUGGGAAGACGUUGGACCCAGCCAGCGAUUUACGCAGUCCAAGUUGAAUCGCGAAUUCCAAGCCUCUCUCAAGGAGUUUCAAGACCUCCAACGUGCGGCACUUGAUAAAGAGAGACAAGCUGCUGCCGCAAACCGUGCUGCGCUCGAACAAGAUGGCACUUCACACGAUGGUGGCCGUGCAACCGGUCCUGCCGGUCAAAAGCUGCAACAGGAACAGCUUCGGCUAGCUUCCCAAGACGAGGUCGAUUUCCAGGAAUCACUUAUCAUCGAACGUGAAAGCGAGAUUCGGAACAUAGAGCAGUCCGUGGGUGAACUGAAUGAAUUAUUUAGAGACGUAGCGCAUAUGGUGCAUGAACAAGGCGCGCAGCUAGACAUUAUUGCAGAGAACGUGGAAGGUGUUCGAGACGAUACUAGAGGAGCCGACAUGGAGCUUAGGACAGCGAGCAGACAUCAAAGAAACGCUCGAAACAAGAUGUGCUGUUUACUGCUUAUCUUAGCUGUAGUCCUCACCGUGGUCAUACUCGCCGUUGUGCUAUCAUAGCCUGCUAAUCGCAAUCCACUAGUGUAUGGCAUUUUGGCAUGGUUUACUGUUUUGACACGUGUUCAUAAACUCUUCGCGUUUCGCCACCGCCGCUAGUUUUAAAUAUACUUGUAUACGUGCAUUAAAUCAAUCAGACACAUCAUUAUAGCUCAAGUACAGUCAGUCACAUUCUCUUAAGGUGCGCUCAGGUGGAAACAUGAAGGUUGUGGUCUCGCGGACUAUUAGACAUGUAACACUUAUUCUGAGUGCACUCUAAAG